GUGUCUGGUUCGAAUCGCCAGUGUCCUGUUGCGCACGGCAAAACUAAGAAAGCAUCCUCACUCACUUCGACCCUUCGAAGUAGAAGGAUCAGCGGUGUUUCAGCCUCGGCGGUCCGCAAAGGCCAUUACAAACAUGGUAUUUCCGAGUCUUCGCGCGCACUGGCCGAAGACUACUCGGUCUGCGGCAUCGGAGGUUUUGGCGUGUUAGGUAUGUGCAAUGCAUUUUGCAUAGAGUCUGCCAACAAGUUGAAUUCUUCGAAGGAUAGGUGA